AUGUUGGAGAACUCGUUAAUGGAAAGUCUGAUUGUGGGCUGCUGCUGCCUUCUCCUGGUGUUUCUACUGUUCGAAAUUAUGGACUGGGCGAAAUCAUUCGUAUGGCUGGAGAACGACAAGAAUCUUCCUCCGAAUUUCUCGUUCGGGUACGCUCACGAGAAUGGUCCACAUACUUGGAAAAAUCUAUAUCCCGAGAGUGCCGGUAGCAAUCAGUCGCCCAUCAAUAUUACCAGCAGACAGGCAAUAGUAGUGCAACCACACGAGCCCCUUCAAUGGAGCAAUUAUAAUAGCAUCCCUCUGUCAAUGUCCCUUUCAAAUGACGGGCACACUGUAAUACUUCGAGGAGUUUGGGACGAGCCCACGAGUCCUCAGCUUCAAGGAGGACCUUUGUCCGACAAGUAUAAUUUCUUCAACAUUCUCUUCCAUUGGGGUCCUUCUAAUCAGGACGGCAGCGAACACACUUUGGAUUACGUGCGUUAUUCCAUGGAGAUGCAAGUCGUUCAUACAAAGCACGGAAUUAACUCGCCCAAAGACGCGAUCAUUUUGGGAGCGAGAGACGGAAUAGUGAUCGUUUCAUUUUUCUUCCAAGUGAGCGCCGUGGAUAAUCCUUACCUGGAUCACGUUGUGAGCAAUUUGUGGAAAAUUGUCCAUCCAAGUUCUAAGGUCAAGAUACCACCUUUCCCGUUGGAGUGGAUUUUUACACCAUUCGAUAGAGAUUAUUAUGCUUAUAGCGGUUCUCUUAGUCAGCCUCCUUGCAGCGAAGUUGUCACGUGGAUCGUUCAAAAGGAUCCGAUCGUUAUAUCCGCGUUGCAGGUGGAGAAAUUCCGAGAAAUCUGUUCAAUUGACGGCCCGCUACUUUUAAAUUGUCGGCCGGUCCAACCACUGAACGAACGUGAUGUUUACUUUUACGAAGAGAGCAAAUCGUACUAGAUCGCUUCUUUAAAUUUUUACAUGUUGUAUUACGUAAA